AUGGCAGAACAGCAACCUCAAGCAACUGUGCCCCAGACGGCCGCUCCUCAGCAGCCCGCCAUCGGCACCCCGACACAACAGCCUGCCCAGAUCCCCCAAGCAUCCAACGUCGGCGCCACUGAUACACUCGUCUGCCAGUGGCAGAAUUGCGGCGAGCGUUGCCCGACAGCUGAGCAACUCUAUGACCACGUCUGUGAGCGCCAUGUUGGUCGCAAAAGCACCAACAACCUGAACCUCACCUGCCAGUGGGGCAACUGUCGUACCACGACCGUUAAGCGAGAUCAUAUCACCUCGCACAUUCGCGUCCACGUCCCCUUGAAGCCGCAUAAGUGCGACUUCUGUGGCAAGGCGUUCAAGCGUCCUCAAGAUCUCAAGAAGCACGUCAAAACCCACGCUGAUGAUUCUGUCCUUCUGCGCUCUCCUGAGCCGAACCGUGGUGGCCCUCACGGAGGACCCGGCUACCCAGGUCAAGGCGGCAAACUGGUCGCUGACUUGCAGGCGCUUGCCGCUACAGCCAGCGGAUACCAAUAUCCCGAAGGUGGUCUCGGUCCCAAUGGAGGCUACGGCCAACAACACCCUGGCGGCGCCCCAGCUGGAUUCUACGGUGGACCUCCCCAAAAUUCCGCAUAUGGUCCCGUCUACUAUGCACUCAACCCUGCCCAGCAAAACUUGAACGACUCUUACGAGAUCCGAAAACGUGCUGCGUAUGAUGCAUUGAACGAAUUCUUUGGCGACGCCAAGCGCCGCGCUAUCGAUCCUGCCACGUACUACGAUGUCGGUCAAAGGCUUAUGGGUCUCCAAGGCGUUCAGCUGCCCGUCGUCGGUGGUGGCGGCUACCAGCAAGGAGGUAUGUCCGAGUACGGCGGCCACGGAGGCACAAUGAUGGCUCAAGCUACUCACCCUCCUAUGCAUCCUUACUCGCUACCGCUCCCCAACCUGCGCACCAAGAGCGAUCUUCUCAACAUCGAUCAGUUCUUGGAGCAGCUGCAGAGCACUGUGUAUGAGAACCCCAACCACGCGGCCGCUGCUGGUGUUCAACAAGCUGGCGCCCACUACCUCCACACUGGCGCCGCAUACCGUACUAGCCAUUCGCCGCCUGGGCUUCCGACAACGCACCCUCAAUCCUCGCAUGCCACUGCUGCCGCUUCCGCGAACGCCGACACUCCGGCUUUGACUCCAGCAUCAAGUGUCAUGUCGUACGCUUCUCAGCACUCGCCCGGAUCGCACCACUCUGGCAGCACCGUUUCCCCUACGACCAGGACCUCAAUGGGUAGCAUGUACCCAACUCUGCCUUCAGUCAGUGCCAUGUCAGACAUGUCAGCCGCUGCACCUUCAUCCGGCUUGGCACCCGCCUUUGAUGCCGAUGGUCGCCGGCGCUACUCUGGUAACCUUUUGCAGAAGGCAGCUCCAGGUCGCGACGAACAGGAUCAGAUGGACACAUCCGACGAUGCGGAGGAAGGCAAGACUCCUCGUGAUUCUGAGCAAGACAACCUGCAUCACACAGUUAACCAGCUCGCGAUCCACUCGCCCAAGGUUGACCCAGCUCUGUCAAUGCGCUCUCCAAGUGCUGUCUCGUCAACAUCUACCGAACAGCCUCAUGAGACUUCUCAACAGACCUGGGUAGAAAACAUCCGCACGAUUGAGAGGUUACGAGCAUACCUCAAAGAGAGGCUUGAGUCUCAUGACUUCUCAGACGACGAGGAGGACAUCAAACAUGAGGACGAGAGUAGAGAUCAUAUGAGCGACGAUGCCCGGGAUCUGUACCCUGUACUACGGGCUGUACAAGAAGGAAGGGAGUAA